AUGAAGCUGAACAAAAUGCAACAAAACGCGGGAUUGAACGGUGUGGAGAACAUCAACCGCUGAUUUUUCCUCAAAAAAUAUAGAAUAAAGGCGUUUCUGAAGGGUUUCGUGAGGGGUAAGUGAGUUUCGAAAGGUUGCCAAGGACUUGCUGAAGAGUUUGAGGUCUCGAGGGCGUGAAAAAACAUCCUCGAGAUGGAUUUCCUGGAGUAUCCGGACAUCACUGCAGAGGUUAAGGGCGCAAUGAUACCAGGUCGUCUAAAGCUGACCGACCAAGCCCUUCACUUCAAGAAUCAAAAAACUGGAAAAGUCGAGCAGAUCUCCUCCAACGACAUGGAGAUGGUGAAUUUCCAGAAGUUCGUGGGCACCUGGGGACUCCGAAUUUUCCUGAAGAAUGGAAUUCUCCAUCGAUUCAGGGGCUUCAAGGAGGCCGACCUGGAGAAGGUCUCCAAGUUCUUCAGUACGAACUACAACAAGGACAUGCUGGAGAAGGAGUUGUCCCUGAAGGGCUGGAACUGGGGGACAGCUAAAUUCACUGGUUCAGUCCUGUCUUUCGACGUUGGUCAUCACACCGCGUUCGAGGUGCCCCUCUACAACGUCUCACAGUGCACAACCGGGAAGAACGAGGUGACACUCGAGUUCCACCAGAAUGACGACGCCCCGGUCUCCCUCAUGGAGAUGCGCUUCCACAUUCCAGUUUCAGACUCAGCGGAGACAGAUCCUGUUGAUGCUUUCCACCAGCAGGUGAUGGACAAAGCCUCAGUGAUUUCCGUCUCUGGCGAUGCGAUCGCCACCUUCAAGGAGAUCCAGUGCCUCACGCCCCGAGGUCGCUACGACAUCAAGAUCUUCCAGUCCUUUUUCCAGCUCCACGGAAAGACCUUCGACUACAAGAUCCCCAUGUCCACAGUAUUACGUCUCUUCCUCCUGCCCCACAAAGACAGCCGUCAAAUGUUCUUCGUGGUCUCCCUGGACCCGCCCAUCAAACAAGGUCAAACUCGCUAUCACUACCUCGUUCUGCUGUUCAACCAGGAGGAGGAAACGUCCAUCGAAUUACCGCUCACUGAGAAAGAACUCAAAGACCGAUACGAGGACAAAUUGCCUAAGGACUUAUCGGGGCCAACUUAUGAGGUACUUGGAAAGGUAAUGAAGGUAAUCAUCAAUCGUAAACUGACGGGACCCGGUAAUUUCGUGGGACACUCAGGCACCCCAGCAAUCGGUUGUUCCUUCAAAGCAGCUGCUGGAUACCUCUACCCUCUCGAGCGCGGUUUCAUUUACGUUCACAAGCCCCCAAUUCACAUCAGGUUCGAUGAAAUUGCCUCUGUGAACUUCGCCAGAGGUGGAGGAAGUACCAGAAGUUUCGAUUUUGAGAUUGAAUUGACGUCUGGAGUUGUCCACACGUUCUCAAGCAUCGAGAAGGAAGAGUAUGGAAAGCUAUUUGAUUUCAUCACCUCGAAGAAGUUGAGGGUGAAGAACAGGGGAAAGGGGGAGAAGGUUUCCUACGACAACGACUUUGGGGACUCUGAUCAAGAGGCUGAGCCUGAUGCCUAUCUGGCUAGGGUGAAGGCUGAGGCCAAGGAACGGGAUGAUGAUGCUGGCGAUUCCGAGGAGGAUGAGAGCACUGACGAGGACUUUAAUCCUAAUCAGGCUGAGAGCGAUGUCGCUGAGGAGUACGAUUCCAACCCUGGGACUAGCGAUGACUCGGACGAGGAGGGGGAUAGUGAUGGCAGUGAGAAGAAGGAAAAGAAGGAGAAGAAGGAGAAGAAGAAGAGUAAGAGUGCAAAAACGGUGAGUGAGAAACCGAGGAAGCCAAGGAAGAAGAAGAAGGAGAGGGAGGAGGGCAAGCCCAAGAGACCUGCAACAGCAUUCAUGCUGUGGUUGAACAGCGCCAGGGAGAAGAUUAAACAGGAUAAUCCUGGAAUCGCUGUUACCGAGAUUGCCAAGAAGGGUGGAGAAAUGUGGAAGACACUGGAGGGAAAAUCCGAAUGGGAGAAGAAGGCACAAAAAUUGAAGGAAGAGUACGCAGAAGCGAUGAAGAAGUUCGAGGCAACUGGUGGAAGUUUAAAGGACAAAGCAACGAAAGAGAAACCAGAGAAGAAGAAGCGAGAGACUAAGAAGGAUUCGAAGAAAGAGAGUCUUUCUCCUGCGAAGCCUGGCUCCUUCAAGAGUAAAGAGUACAUUUCUGAUGACGACAGUAGCAGCGAUGGAAGCAAAAAGAAAUCUGAUAAGGAGAGUGAUAAGGAAAGUGAGGAGGAGGAGGAGGAGAAGAAGAAACCAGCUAAGAAGGGAGGGGAGAAACGCCCAGCAGCUGAGGACAAAAAAAAGACGAAAAAGGGGAAAAAAGGAUCGUCAGUGUCCAGUGAGGGAGAAGAGCCUGAAGAGAGCAACGCGUCCAGUGGAAGUGAUUAAAUACUAAACAUAAAUUAUUAAUAGAAGGAAAAUUACACACUAAUAAGUUAAAAAGUUGUAACAAUGUUCUUGUAUUGUUCCAUGUAUUUUUCCAUUUUUUCCAUUAAGAGCGAAUAAUAGUCUCCAUUUUCAGUAAA